AUGCCGGCCCCCACCAUCCCCCAUUGGCUUGCCAUCGAAGGUGUCCAGCCUGCCAUCCCCCAAAACCCCAUGCAGUCCGAUGCGAGGUCCAACGAGCUCCUCCCCAAGGGCACCGGAGCCAACCCCGCCCUCGCCGCCCUCGCCGGAACGGACGGGGCCAAUCGGCCAGCCGUCAAGCAUGUCAUCAGCAAGGAAAUGGUUCUCUACUUUGAUAAAAUCCAAGCCGCGCUACUCGACGAUAACCCAGACGAAGAGGUCGUUCGCCUCCGCCAGGCCGCCCUCGCCUCCGUCCGGGACGACCCCGGCAUCCACCAGCUCGUACCCUACUUCAUCAACUUCGUGUCAGACCAAAUCACCCACCACCUCGACGACGUCUUUGUUCUUCGCCGCAUGAUGGAGCUCACCUCGGCCCUCAUCGCCAACGAGACCCUCUUCCUCGACCCUUACGCGAGCCCCCUCUCCGCUCCCGUCCUCACGUGUCUCCUUUCCCGCAAGCUGGGUUCGGAUGAAGGACCGGACGCCGUCAAGGAGCAGUACCAGCUGCGCGAAUUCUCCGCUUCCCUCGUGGGCGAACUCGCUCGCCGCUAUUCCGCCUCCAACCCUCUGCUUCGGUCCAAGCUCACGCGCACCUGCCUCAAGCACUUCCUCGACCAGAGCAAGCCCGCACCGGUCCUCUUUGGCGCUAUUAGCGGCCUAGGCGCGGCCGGCGGGCCGAGGCCGUCCGCCCGCGCCACCGCCAAUGGCGCCAUCUCCGACACCGACCGUACGGAGCUUGUCGACUUCCUCGGCGAUAUGAUUGCCCAGCGCGUCGUAGCCCUCGGUGACCACCAACUUGUCAAGAAGAUUCUCGAAGUGAGGUUCACCGAGUAG